UUCCGUAACCAAAGUAAAAGACAACAGAGCCAUUAAUCAAAAUCAAUGACAACAAUUCUGAGCUCGUGCAGCAAGCAAUCUUUGUGCUUUGGGGAGUCUGGAAAUGCCGAAUUGCUCUUCUGUUUCGCCAUGAGUUGCAGGAUGUCCAGGCUGUUAUCAAGAAUACAGUGGGUUCUCUGGAUGAGUUCAAACAGGCUUCCAGCUCCAUGGUUUUAACUCAGCAGCGGUUAUCUCAACAGGUCAGCUGGACACCUCUGCUUAUCAAUGUCUUCAAAGCCAACUUUGAUGCAGCCUUAGACCAUGGCCAUAAACGCUGCUCCAUUGGAGUGGUCAUCCCACAUCAUAGAGGCAAUAUUUUUGGCUGGCGGCGUAAUUUCUUCUUCAAUUUGACAUGUCCAUUAUCACUAUAUUUUUUUUGGCGAAGCACUACCACUUAUCUUCAAUUUUUACACCUUCCCUCCAAAAUCACAAACCCUUAAAAUUCAAUUCAUUCCCUCCAAUUUUUCAAAACCCAUCUCUCAAUUCUCAUGAAAUCUUCUCCCCCACGUCAACAUCACUGCAAAUCCUCCAAUUUCUUCUCUCUAAAUCAGCAGUUUCACUCUCUCUUUAGCUCCUUUAUGUCAUUGAGCUCCAUGGACAGACGCUGCAAGCCAGCUGGUGAGAUUCAUGUCAUUGUGGGCCCCAUGUUCGCGGGCAAAACUACUGCUCUCCUACGUCGAAUCAAGUCCGAAAGCAACAGUGGCAGAAAUGUGGCGAUGAUCAAAUCGAGCAAGGACACAAGAUAUGCUAAUGAUUCGCUGGUUACUCAUGAUGGAUUAAAGUUUCCAUGCUGGGCUUUGCCUGAUCUGUCUUCCUUUCAACAUAAGCUUGGGGAUGAUGCUUAUCUAAAGUAAACUAUUGACGUCAUUUGUAUUGAUGAAGCUCAAUUUUUUGAUGACCUUUAUGAUUUCUGCUGCAAGGCUGCUGAUCAUGAUGAGAAAACUAUAAUUGUAGCAGGGCUUGAUGGGGAUUAUUUAAGGAGGAGCUUUGGAUCUGUGCUUGACAUUAUUCCUCCCGCUGAUACUAUAACCAAGCUGACUGCACGAAGUGAACUUUGUGGAAAACGAGCCUUCUUUACUUUAAGGAAGACAGUAGGGACCCAGACAGAAUUAAUUGGUGGGUCUGAUGUCUAUAUGCCUGUCUGUCGCCAACAUUAUAUUAAUGGACAAGUAGUCAUGGAAGCUGCAAGGAGUGUCCUGGAAUCAUGUAAAGUUCAGCCUGACUCUCAUGCUGAUUUUGCUGCAGUUGUGUGGUUAAAAUUUCUCACUGAUUAACAGGCUAAUAUAUAUGUUAUCUUAGACUUCUACUUUAUAGCUAUAUAGUUUUUUGAUCUGCUUAGCUUG